ACAGAUUUUCCCAGCCCCUCAUCACAUCUCCGUACUCUUAAAAGCUCAAGAUUCAGCUCACUCACGAACUCAUUCCCCUAAACAUACACACACUGGAACUCUCUUGUUUUGUUUCAUAAACUAAGAUCACCACCCUUUAGCCAUGGCUGCUGCAGUUUCAACUACUGGAGCUGUUACCAGAACUCCUUUGAACUUGAACAGCACUGUUUCUGGUGGCAACUCUGUGCCAACCUCGGCUUUCUUUGGUGCUAGCUUGAAGAAGCUGGUGAACCAAAGAGCCACCUACCCCAAAGUUGCCUCUGGAAGCUUUAAAGUUGUGGCUGAAAUCGAUGAGGACACUCAGACUGACAAGGACAAGUGGAAGGGCCUUGCCUAUGACGUGUCUGAUGAUCAGCAAGACAUUACCAGAGGAAAGGGAAUGGUUGAUUCUCUCUUCCAAGCUCCCACGGGGUCUGGUACUCACUUUGCUGUCAUGAGCUCAUACGAGUACCUCAGUACUGGACUUAAACAAUACAACUUAGAUAACAACAUGGACGGGUUCUACAUCGCUCCAGCUUUCAUGGACAAGCUUGUGGUUCACAUCACCAAGAACUUUAUGACACUGCCUAACAUUAAGGUUCCUCUCAUUCUUGGUAUUUGGGGAGGCAAAGGUCAGGGUAAAUCUUUCCAGUGUGAGCUUGUGCUUGCCAAGAUGGGAAUCAACCCCAUCAUGAUGAGUGCUGGAGAAUUGGAAAGUGGAAACGCAGGAGAGCCUGCAAAGCUGAUCAGACAGAGGUACCGAGAGGCGGCAGACAUAAUCAAGAAAGGAAAGAUGUGUGCUCUCUUCAUCAACGAUCUGGAUGCUGGAGCUGGUAGGAUGGGUGGGACAACACAGUACACUGUGAACAACCAAAUGGUGAAUGCAACUCUCAUGAACAUUGCUGAUAACCCAACAAAUGUUCAGCUCCCGGGUAUGUACAACAAGGAGGAUAACCCCAGGGUACCAAUUAUAGUCACUGGUAAUGACUUCUCAACUUUGUAUGCACCUCUCAUUCGUGACGGUCGUAUGGAGAAAUUCUACUGGGCUCCUACUAGGGAUGACCGGAUUGGUGUUUGCAUUGGAAUCUUCAAGACUGACAAUAUUCCCCAGGAAGACAUUGUCAAGAUUGUUGAUGCGUUCCCUGGUCAAUCUAUUGAUUUCUUUGGCGCCUUGAGGGCCAGAGUUUACGAUGAUGAAGUGAGGAAGUGGAUCUCUGAUGUUGGAGUUGAGAUCAUUGGAAAGAAGCUUGUGAACUCCAAAGAAGGUCCUCCCACUUUCGAUCAGCCUAAAAUGACACUUGAAAAGCUCCUUGAAUAUGGUAACAUGCUUGUCCAAGAACAAGAUAAUGUGAAGAGAGUUCAAUUGGCUGACAAGUACAUGAGCGAGGCAGCUUUGGGAGAUGCAAACCAGGACUCCAUCAAGCGCGGAGCUUUCUACGGACAGGCAGCCCAACAAGUUAAACUACCUGUUCCUGAAGGCUGCACAGAUCCAUCAGCAGCAAACUUCGACCCAACAGCCAGGAGUGACGAUGGUACCUGCGAGUACAAACUCUAAAGCUUCUCUGACUAUAUAUCUUAAUGGUUUCUGAGGAAUUAUAGAUGUUUCUUACUGCUAUGGAGUAUUUUUUUCUAUCUUUUGUGAGAUAACUUCUCACUUUUGUUCAUUAAUGAAAUGGGUGCUUUAGUUUUCAUCUUCA